UUUAAAGAUGGAGGCGGGAAGCGUAAAAACAAAAAUAUCAAAGUUAAUUUAUUGAUCAAAAUGGAUAUUGACAUGUCAGAUGAAGACAGUGAGGAUGUACCAACAUCAUUCUUCAUUACUGCAUCUCAAGUGGAAACACAAACUUCACAUGAUCAACAAAGUAUACUUCGUAAUCUACCGGCUUUAAGAUCAGCUAUUAAGCCUAAGGGAAAUGACAAAGAAAUGGCGAACCAGAAAGACGCAAUCGGUGCUACAAACAUUGGAUUAUUAGAAAGUUCUGAAGAUGAAUUUAAAAAACAAGAGCAUUCUAGAAUUCUAGUUAAAGAUAGUGAGAGUGAGUAUGAACCGAUGAUCAAAAGGAAGCAAAAAAUGUCAAAAGGUGAUGACAAGGAGAUUACAUGUUUAGAAAGUUUCAGUGAUGAUGAAGGAGGAAUUGUUUCGCCAUCUACUAGUGAUAAUGAUGGUAAUAUUACUGUUAUAUGCCGGCAAGACAGGAAAAUAACUAUAUCAGAUAUUUCAGAUGUAUGUGUGGCCAGUACUAGUGGUAGUAAACUUGGUGAAGAAGGUGGUUCAGGAUUUCAGUCUCAAGGAUUUGAGAUAGCUCCAAGCUCCCAAAAAGAUAUUUUUCAUGGCAAAGAUGAUGAAGAUUCUGAUGAUAGUCUUGGUGGUAAUCAAAGUCAAAUGUUUAAAAGUUUACAACUAUCGGGUGAUUCCAUGUUAGUACCAGAAACAUUAGAUCAAAGCAUACCAGACUCUCCAGACAUUAUUCCUUCCACCCCUGUCAUAAUUCCUAAUUCACCAACAGAUAUUGAAAGCCAAGAAGAGCAGAAAGUAGAAGACGUUACAAUGUAUGACCCCACAGCUGUUUCAACAUUAGCAGGAGAUGAUGAUGGUUCAAGUGAUUCUCUUCCACCAGCUAGUCAAUCUGUUAAACAUAAAUAUUCUCAUUCAGAUAAUAAACAGCAUGAAGAUAAAUCAUUGGAGGAUAGAGGAAAGCAAGAGGGUGAUUCACAAGAAUUAGCUCUACAGUUAUCACCUUCCCAACCAUACAUGUAUCAGUUUAAUGAAAGUGAGAAGAGACGAUCAGAUUCACCUGUCAUUCAACAAAAUAAAAUGCAGUUAUCAGAAACAGGUGAUUUCCAGCUGGCUUUACCAGGCAAUAGUCCAUUACAUCCAGCAGAUAAAUCUUCUACUUAUAGUUCUGAUACAAAAACAACUGAACCAGACAAUGUACCAGCAGUACCUAAAACAGCAUCAUUAAAUAUAAGCCAAAUGGAAUCCCAGUCAGAGAAUACAUCAGACACAUGUUUUCAACUUAAAGUGCCUCAUGUAUCUGUGACUGAUGAAGUAAUGGAAGAAAGUUUAGAACAGAAUGUUUUUAAAAGAAACCCAACAACACCAGUAAGAUCACACCCAGUACAGUCUAUGAUAGAAGAAAGCAGUGAAGAUGCCUUUGCUUUUGAGAGAAAAAAACGUAAAACUACUCUGACAGGUACUACAGAUGAUUUACAGUUUAAACAACCAGAAACAGAAAUGGAUGUUGGUAAUAACAGUGAAGAAACUGUUGAUUCAAAUGCCGAAACUCAACCAUCCAAUGAAGAUUGUACGGAACAUUCUAGAAUGGUCAUGAAUGAAAACAAGGUUAUGGAAGGGGAGACGCCUACUGCUGUGCUCACUUCAGAUAAAAGUAUAGAAAUAGUGGAAGUUGACCAAUCUGUGAUUGUAAUAGAUACUCAAGAUGAUAAAUCUAAUAAUAAUGAAGAUAAAUAUACAUCCAUACAGGAGAAAAAUAAAGACGACAAAAAUGUCACAGUCAUUGUUGAGACAUUAAGCGAUAGUGAAUCAACCAUUCCUCUAUUACAACAACAUCUUGAUGCUGCUAAAGAAAGACAAUCAGACGUCUGUCACCAACCUAUAUCUACAGAAGCAAAAAGUUCACAGCAGACAAAUCAAUCUUUAACUAAACUGAAAUCAGGUUCUGAAGCACAGUCCCAAUCAGAUUUAAUCAAAAAUGAGGGAAUGGUUGAAACAAACAUGCCAUCAUCACAGGACAAGGAGUUACAUGUACCAGAGAAACGGAGAAAUGUGUCGCAAGAAGAUUUAACGAGUGAGAAAAAAAUACCAAGACUGGAUAAAGAUAAACAUGGGACUGCAGCAUCCACAUCACACAAUCCUGACCAAAGCCUUUCAUCAGAAAUACCGAAGCACACAAAUGACACAACUAAUAUUACCGAAGAUCCUUAUUUAUUCCAUGGUACACAGUCCCAGGGUCUUGCUCUACAUGGAAAAUCUGUAACCUCCAUACCUGGUAAAGUAAAAGGUAUAUUGGCAACUGCUAAAAGACAUAAAAAACUGUCAAUGAGAAGAUUAUCAAGUAGAAGAUGUACUUUCUCUACAUCUUCAUCAACAACAGACGGUCAGGUUACUAAGCAACAACCAGUAAGAACAAAAAAAAUGAAAAGAGACAAUAGACAAACAAGAAAAGACAUGUUUACUAAACCAGUGGAACCUUUACAUACAACGGCUACAAAUCAAACAGAUUUAACAAAAAAUAUAACACCACUGAAAGAUUCUGUGAAACCCAGCACAGCAACACUGGAUAAGGGAGCUUCUACAUCCUUCCCAAGUACUGGACAUUCUCAGAAGCGAUUAGAUUUGGAAGCACAAAAAUCUCCUUUACAACGUAGUUCUAAUUCUCAAGAAGAUAAUCUUGUUUAUAGUGAAACUACUGUUUGCUAUAAGAUAAUUACAAUAAACAUCAAAGAUAAAGAUGGUCGAGUUGUUCUCAAUAAAAGAAAAAAGGAACGUGGUGAUACGAUUAUUGUCAAAAGGGAAAUAUCUCGAGAAGAUAUUCAUCAGUUCGAAUCACCUACUAGAAGCAGCAGUACCAUAGGAUCGGGUGAAUUAGCUGACAUAGAUUCUCUCUCAAGAUCAAACAGCACCACUUCUAAGGGUAGCAUUCCAUCAAGUUUAGAAAAAAUGAGUCCCAGUCUAGAAAUCUUGUCACUGUCUGUUCAUAAGAGUGCCUCAAUUAUAACAACAAAUACCACAGGAAAUUCUGAAAUGGCCCACACACCCAAUGAAUCUCCUAUUGGAGUUGAAGAGGCUGGAGCAAAUACUGAGGAAGUUGAAGUGUCUGAUGUAUUGUUUACCAGUCCUGAUACAUCUGAUGCUAUUAAAAGAACAACAGUACGACCACAACCACCUGCUACAGAAAGUACAAGUCCUCUAGUAUGUAAACAAGCUGCAGAUUCGAGUAGUCAAGAGACAAGUGAAAUAGAAUCUGGCCAACGCCAACCAACAGACAUCACAUCUAAACAUAUCAUGAUAGAAGAAAGUGAUGGUUUUUCUGUUAAAGGUAGUAAUGUGUCAUCUGCCUCCAGUAUAAAGGGUGAUGUGUGUGUUACACCAACAAGAAGAGGAAAAGCCAGGAAAACACCAGCAGCAAAAAUAAGAAGUAAAUUAUCUAUCAGAACAAAAUCUAACAGUAGUACAACAACUACAGAUAGCUCGAAACAAAGCCCAGAAAUACCAUUAUUAGUGGGAAAAGAACAGAUUGGUACAUCAAGUUCGACUAGUUAUGUUAGUAAGUUAGAACCAGGUUCUGUUGUUAUGGCUAAAUGGAAAGAUGGAUAUUUUUACCCAGGCAAAAUAGUUACCCUAGAAACAAAAAGAAUCAGAGUGUCUUUUGAUGAUGGUGAUCUACGUUAUGUGAAAAAUCCAGACGUUCUCUUGCUUAACCAAUUGCCGAUUGGUCAAAGUGUAAUGGUAUUAUCUAAUGAUGGUUAUUUUGAUACAGGCAUGAUUUUGGAUUGUGUGACUGUAUCAAAUGAAGUGCAAUAUGAAGUAGAAAAAGAUAAUGGUCAAAAACAAAGAUAUUCUCACAGUCAAGUUAUAUUAAGUGAAGGUCAAGCAGCAUGUUUAAUGAGUGAUGAAGAAAUACGUAUUUCACCACAUGGACCUGUAGGGUCUACUUUUAUUCAAUUAGCAGAUGUAUCUUUAGAUAACCUUAUGGAAGGUAAAAGAAGUCGUUCAGCUUCUAAGAAUCCUCCUAAAGAACAAAAGCCAUCUCUGCCUGAACCUGAAUCAACUGAUGUCAAAAGGCGUGGCAGAAAACGUAAAUUACGUGAAGGUGGGCCGAUGGCAACCAGUACACCUACCCCAAAAGGGAAAAAAGUGGAAGAAACUGAUAAAGUAGAUAACCAACCAUCUUCAUCUGUAGCAGGGGUAAUUGAUUCACCAUCCACUAGCUCAAGAAAAUCUAGUCCUCGUAAAUUUAGAGUGGGUCUGUUUGAAAGUAGUAAUGACAGUACAACAGUUAAAAAGACUUUAUUUAAGGGAAUAGCUUUUAUACUCACUCAUGUUACUAAAACAAAAGAACAGAAAAGGGAAGAAAAGAAGCAACUACAGGAUUCUUCAUUAGAAACCUCUACAGAUGAAAACUCAGCAGAUGAAGAUGAUAGUCUUGCUUUUAAUAAAGUAGAAUUAUCAAGAUUAAUCAAAGCUGGUGGAGGAAUUUUAUUAGACAAAUAUGACCAAGAUAAAAUAAAUGAGUAUGAUCAGUGUUUUAUAAUAUCAGAUUCACAUCAGAGAACCGUGAAAUAUCUCCAGGGAUUAUCAGCAGGUUUACCAUGUGUAUCACAUUUAUGGAUUACUUUCUGCUGUUCACAGGAUAAAAUACUUGAUUUUAAAUCUUAUAUUCUACCAGCUGGCAUUGAUUUAGAGAAGAAAAAAAUUGCAGAAUGGAAUAGUCGUGGUAGUUGUUUGGCUGGUAUGAAUGUUAUGGUACAUUCCUCAAGCAAGGAAUUUGUUAAUGCUUGGUCAUCUAUUUUAAGUAUAGGGCGGUGUAAUCUAUAUACACGUUUUCCUACUGUUAAAAGUAAUAUAAAACUAGAUGUUGUGAUAUCCGACAGUACUUGUACAAAACAAGUAAAGAAAAAAGCUGAACAGUUAUCAGUUCCUACAGUAUCAACAGAAUGGGUUAUACAGUGUCUUAUUACAGGGCGUAUUGUUGAUGCUUGUGGUCAUCCCAGAUAUAAAACAGAUUUCCAUGCUCCAAAAUAAUCCAUGAUGGACAUUUUUGGAAUAUUUUCUUUUUUAAAGUGCUAAAAAGUUGGUUUUAAUCAUGUUUUAAUAAUGUCAAAAAUAAAUGUCUCAUAAUAAUUAAACCAACGUAAAGUCUUCACUGAUUGUUAGAAUAUCUUUUUGAAAUAACUGUGUGAUCAAAUAGAAUUACAACAUAUAUGCACCAUUGUAUUUCAUUUAUUCUUUUGGAUGUAAAAUUUGUUAUUGUUCACACACAGAAUAAUGUUUAUACUUGCCCAGUUUGUUAUUUAAGUAAUAUGGUAUAUUGAUGGAUGUUUUUUGUUUAUGUAAGUGAUGUGUUCAAGUACUUUAUAUUACCAGUUAUUUCAAAAUCGUGUUUUUACAAUGCUGGGGAUUAUUUGUUGUUAGCCUAUUUGGUCUAAAUUUCUAUGUCAAUAUGUUUCAUCCUUCCUGUGAAAAAUUGAAGCUAGACUUCUGAGAGUCUAUAAUCAAAAAUCAUCACAGCAUGGUAAACUUUUAAAAAAGUCAAAGUUUAUUGUAAUCAUUUAAUACAACAAAAUAUUAUUUAAUAAUAUAAUAUAUUCCAAUAUGUACAAUGUAUGUAUGGAUGUAGUAUAUAAAAGAUUUAACAUAUUACAUUAUAUGAAAUAAUUCUAAUGGUAUAUUUUUAAAAUCAUUUUUAAUAUGGAAAAAAAUAUGUAUAUAAAGGUUUGCAUGAAUUUUUUUUAUGCAAACUUUUAACUAUAAUAAAUUAUUUGUACAUAAAAUAAAAAGAAAAAAUAACAACUUUAUAAAAUGUAUGUAUUCAAAAACGAAAUUGUUUCAGAUAUGUCAAUCUUGGUAAUAAAAAAAAUCAAUGAUCUUUUAAUAUCAAUAACUUUUCAGUUUAUAUAUUUGAUUAUAUUCUGGUACAUUAAAUGAGCAGUCCUAUAUAUAUUUGUGAAUAAAGCUUGUAAGGUCCUACAGAAGUAAUAGUCUGGUUCUCAGAUAAUCUUCCAAAAUGUGUAUAAAUCGUAAAUAGGCAGAGUUGUCUUACUUUGAAUAUUAUUGUCAUCAAGCUUUAUAUUUAAAAAUUAUAUGCCUUGUCAAGCAACUAGUAUAUACCACAAUGGUUAUAUCAUUACACAGCACUGAUUGUAUUCAAUAAAAACUUAAUCGUAUGAAGAAGAAUAAUAA